UGUAGUUUGACGACCCACAGAAGGAGCGAGCGAAGGAAAAGCCGUCUCAGUGGAGUGUGUGACCUGUAAUCUGCUGCUGUGUGUUUAUGACUACAGAGCUGCACUCUCCUACACACUAAGCUGUGUGUCUGGGUUCAAGACCUGACAGCUGGAGCUCACAUUACAGCAGCUGCUGUUGGCCAUGAGUCUGUCUCUCCUCCUGCUGCUUGCCGUCCUCGUGGAUGUGACCGAUACUAAAGCUGGUUCAGAUUUUAGGAUCUGUGCCUUCAACACACAACACUUUGGUGAAUCCAAGUCGAAGAAGAGUGACGUUAUGGUGACUCUUGCCAGGAUCAUCACACGCUGUGAUGUGUGUUUGCUCCAGGAAGUGAGAGACAGUAGAGGAAAAGCUUUACCACUGCUGCUCGACUCCCUAAAACGGUUUGACACCAAGUAUAAAUAUGAGACUGUGGCCAGCGAGAGACUGGGCAGGUCUGAGACAUACCGGGAGCAGUACGUGUUUGUGUACAGGAAGGAGACGGUGAGGGUCACGGACCAGUAUCAGUACCCUGAUAAUAAACCAGGAGACGUCGACGCUUUCUCCAGAGAGCCAUUUGUUGUCCGCUUCAGAGCGGACCGCACAGCUAUAAAGGAGUUUGUUCUCAUACCUCAGCACACCACGCCCUCCAACACCACCAAGGAGCUCGAUGCCCUCUAUGAUGUUCUACAGCAUGUGAGAAACAUGUGGAAAACUGAGAAUGUGAUGCUUCUUGGAGACUUUAAUGCGGGCUGUGGCUACCUCGCUAAGAAGAACAGGAAGAAUGUGCGCCUAAUCACAGACACGAAUCUUAUUUGGCUCAUCCCAGACGACGCUGACACCACCGUGCGAUCUACCACAUCCUGCCCCUACGACAGGAUUGUUGUGAAUGGGGAAACCUUUCACAGAGCCAUCGUGCCUGCUUCAGCCAAACCGUUUAACUUUCCAGAGGAAUACGGACUGACGGAGGAGCAGGCGCUGGAUGUCAGCGACCAUUACCCGGUAGAGGUCCUGCUAAAGGUCAAGGAUUCCAGAGCCUUUCUUGGGGGCUCAUCUAUUACCAGUGGAAACCAGUUUAUGACUUUGUUUGUCCUAAGCCAUGUUGCCUUUCAAAUAUUGACAAGCCUUUAGUGCGACAGGACAGAAAGACGAGGAGUAAGACAUGCUGCUCACGGCUGCAGGCUCGAUUCAAACACAGGCCUAAAGGCCGUAAACUUUAGUGUGUUCCCAGGAUGAGCGGGGGAGUUUCUAAAUACGAUCGAGGACACGCUAACCUCCUUUCCUUUCUUGUUUCUGAUUGGACAGCCAAAUUGGACUUUUCUGCUCCUGCACACACUAUUAAACUAUCAUUGAUUCCCAUUAUUGUGUCAUGACCAGCUUCUUGAGAUGUCUUCAUGGACAGUUUGCAGAUCAUCAUGUGUCAGACUGGACACUGUGGACGACUGCUCUGUGGGCUUAGAUCCUGCCUGUGUUCUUACCUAGUGUCAGAAUCCUCGGCUGUGCAGCAGAAGACUGUUUGAUGAAUUCUGAGUGAGAAGUUUACAACAGAGGUGCACAGCUUUGGUCUGCGUACAGAGAGCGUCUGUAUGUGCUGCUGCUGCUCUGAUCGUCCACAUGUCAGCCACAGAGACAAAGUGAAAAAAGUGUGAAAACCUGAAAACUGUAACAGCUGAACUUCCUGCUGAACUCCGCUCCUUUCCCAAUCGAUCAGUAUUAGACAGACACAGUGUGUCAUACACGCCGAGCACAACCCAAACAGACAUGCUUCAUUUUUCUUGCUUAAUAUACAAAACAAAGCCUCCCAGUCUUUGUUUUAUUGCAGCUACAAAGCUUGUCGUUUGUUACUCUGACAUGAAAGUGUUGGCACUACAUGAAUCUGAAGUCGUAACUCUGAUAGACCCUCACCAUCAUGUUGUACUGAAGCACACACAGCACCUCACUCUCUCUCUAAAUCACACGUGCAAAAUAAAAUUAAUCAGCACCA